CGAGGCCUUGUCACGCUCGGGUCCGUGUGAAAACGGGGGUUCCGAGUGCAAAGCAAAGUUUUUUUGUAAACCGUCUGCAAAGGCGGGGGGGCGAGGAAGGCGCCCGAUACCGGGCCGAGUGCAGCUGCGGUGGCCGCCGCCUCUUUAGCUCUUCAGGCGUCGGCUCCUCGGUUCGAGCCACACCGGAGGGAGACCUGCGAGGGGAAGACCUGCUCGGAGAGCCCGCAGAUGCUUGGAGCCUUCGCAGCGCGGAGCUGCCGGUCGCCCGCCCCCGCCGCCCGCCUGCUCCUGCUCCGGCUCUUGGUCCACGGGCUCCGGGAGCCCCAGCUUCCCGCCGCCGCCGCCGCCUCCGCCGUCCCGCUGUGGGUGUGGGGGCUGCCGGGGCUGAGCCGGGCCUCCGCGCCGGCUCCAAGGACAGACGCCUGAGGAGCUGCGCGCCGCCGGCCCGCCGGGGACGCCCGCAGGCGCGGGGGCUCGGCGGCUUGACCCCGGGCUCGCCCCUGUCCGGCCGCCGAGGCCCCACGGCAGACUCCCGAGCGGCCCGGUUCGGGAGCUGAGAGCCCCGCGCCGCCCUCCCUCCCCUGUCGCCGGGUCGCCGGCCCUCGGCUCUUCGCCGCCGCCUCUCGAGUGUCCGCGCCGCGCUCGGCGGGCUCCCGAGCCGCAGCCAUGGGGUGCUGGGGUCGAAACCGGGGCCGGCUGCUGUGCAUGCUGAUGCUGACCUUCAUGUUCAUGGUCCUGGAGGUGGUGGUGAGCCGGGUGACCUCGUCGCUGGCGAUGCUCUCCGACUCCUUCCACAUGCUGUCGGACGUGCUGGCGCUGGUGGUGGCGCUGGUGGCCGAGCGCUUCGCCCGGCGGACCCACGCCACCCAGAAGAACACCUUCGGCUGGAUCCGGGCCGAAGUGAUGGGGGCUCUGGUGAACGCCAUCUUCCUGACCGGCCUCUGCUUCGCCAUCCUGCUGGAGGCCAUCGAGCGCUUCAUCGAGCCGCACGAGAUGCAGCAGCCGCUGGUGGUUCUCGGGGUCGGCGUGGCGGGGCUGGUGGUCAACGUGCUGGGGCUCUGCCUCUUCCACCAUCACAGCGGCUUCGGCAACGACUCCGGCCACGGCCACUCGCACGGGGGGCACAGCCACGGCCUCCCCAAGGGGGGCCGCGGCAAGAGCAACCGCACCGGGGGUAGCGACAGCAUGGCCCCAGGUGAGCAGGGUCCCGACCAGGAGGAGACCAACAUCCUGGUGGCCAAUAGCAGCAACUCCAACGGGCUGAAACUGGACCGGACAGAUCCAGAAAAGUCCAGAAAUGAUGCAAUGGAAAUACAAGUGAAUGGGAAUCUUAUCAGAGAACCUGACCAGGUGGAACUGGAAGAUGACGAUGAUAAGGCUGGACAACUUAACAUGCGUGGAGUUUUUCUGCAUGUCUUUGGAGAUGCUUUGGGUUCAGUGAUUGUAGUAGUAAAUGCCUUAGUCUUUUACUUUUCUUGGGAAGGUUGUCCUGAAGGGAAGAUGUGUGUGAACCCGUGUACCCCUGACCCCUGCAAAGCAUUUGUAGAAUUAAUUAAUAGUACUAAUGCAACAGUUUAUGGGGCUGGUCCUUGCUGGGUGCUAUAUUUAGAUCCAACUCUUUGUAUUGUAAUGGUUUGUAUACUUCUUUACACAACUUAUCCAUUGCUUAAGGAGUCUGCUCUUAUUCUUCUCCAAACCGUUCCUAAACAAAUUGAUAUCAAAAAUUUGAUAAAGGAACUUCGAAAUGUUGAAGGAGUUGAGGAAGUUCAUGAAUUACAUGUUUGGCAGCUUGCUGGAAGCAGAAUCAUUGCCACUGCUCACAUAAAAUGUGAAGACCCGACAUCAUAUAUGCAGGUAGCUAAGAUUAUUAAAGACGUUUUCCAUAAUCACGGAAUUCACGCUACUACCAUUCAACCUGAGUUUGCUAGUGUAGGCUCUAAGUCAAGUGUAGUCCCGUGUGAACUUGCCUGCAGAACUCAGUGUGCUUUGAAGCAAUGUUGUGGGACACGGCCACAAGCCCAAUCUGGAAAGGAUGCAGAAAAGGCCCCGACAGUUAGUAUUUCUUGUUUAGAACUUAGUGACAAUCUAGAGAAGCAGCCCAGGAGGACUAAAGUUGAAAACAUCCCUGCUGUUGUGAUAGAGAUUAAAAAAAUGCCAAACAAACAACCUGAAUCAUCUUUGUGAGUCUGAAAAAGAUGUGAUAUUUGACUUUUGCUUUAAACUGCAAGAGGAAAAAGACUCCAUUGAAAUUCUGUGUUUGCCAAGUAGUGUAAUUGAAGUCCUUGUCUGGUCACACAGUUUAAUUCUAUUUUUGUAAGAACAUAAUGGGACUGCUUAACAGAGUUCUAUAUUACAACUUUGUGAUUAUUAGUGCAGAGUACAGCUAUGCUGUAACAGUUUUGGAAAGCCAGUUUUAACACUAUGUUACAUUUUUGUUUAAAGUAAGUAUAAACCUUGUAUAACAUAAUGACAUUUGAUUUCCAGUUUUUCCAUGGUAAAAAAUUAAUUAGGGGGAUAAAUAAAUUAAAAUCGUUACUGGAAUUUCUCUACUUUUCUUUUCCCCCAGUGUUAUAUUGUGUUUAUUAGAAUUAUAAUUGCUAGAACUUUAAAAAUCAUCAACAGGUUUGUCUCCUUUGACGUUUUAUGUCAUAUUUACUUGCCCUUUGAGAUCGUUACAUAGCAUAAUGGCAGCAUAUUUUAAGAAUGACCUAUGAAAAUUAUUAGGAAAAGUUCCUUUUUUUCUUCACAUGGGGUAUUUAUGAUACUGAAGAUCAGUUACUGUUCUGUAUCCUAUAUUGCUGACUAUUAUUCUAAUAAACGGUGAGAUAAUUAACAAGUUGAACUGUAGUGUACAUAUAAUAGGGCAUAUGGGGAGUAAGAGCAGGGAAGAAAGUUUACCAAAUUAAAUAUUUAGAUUCUUGUAAGUUAAUAUUCAGACUACAUUUCUAAAUUAUUCUGAGAAUUUUAACUUUUUUUUUUUUAAGACAAAGCUAGUCUAAAACAUGGAUAUGUUCACCAGCAUUACUUUCUUAGAAAGAUUGGCAUUAGAAACAUUGAAAGUUUACUCAUAAAAUAUAUACAGUAAGUAUUUUUAAGGACAUUAAAUUUAGUAAUUACAUGUUAAAUGAAAGCUUAUUAAUCUAAUCUUUUAAAUUGUGGGUUUUAAAAAUAACUUCAGAGUUAGUCAUUUCACAGUGACCAAUCAUGAAUGGAUUCAAACAGCUUUUUGAGCCCAACCAGCAAUGCUUAUGCUUUGCCAAGAGCCAUUGACUUGGGAGAAAAAAGAAAUCUGAAGGUUAAUGCGUUUGGAUAUUAAAUUCUCAAAAAGCAAAAUUAGUUAAGGCAAACUUAAUAAUUGAGAUUCUGUAAGUGAUUCUGUCUUGACGUUGCUCAGAUCUUCCAAUAGUAGCUUAUUUUGCAAGAUGCCAUACUAUCCACACAGGAAAUUGUUCUUGGCUAUUUCAUUGUUGGUGUGGAUUUCAAAUCCAUACACAAAUAUUAUUUAAAGGUAUUUAAGUUAUAUUUUUCUUGAUAGAAGGGGGUUAUGCUUUGUGAAGAAACUAGAUUUUUGUCCUCAAAAGGAUGAAUAUUAAUGUCAGUUAUCAUGUAUAGCUCUAUUUUUCUAGAAACGAGGUAUCCUGACUACUUUAGUAACUUUUAUAGCUGACUACUUUUGGGAUGGCUACAUUUUGGGAUUUGAAAUAAUUCAUUGUUUAAUGGGUCUGAAGAUGAAAACGUUGGCAUUUGACAGUUAACUUUUUAAAGGGAUGAUCUUUUGUGGUAGAUGGUGUGUUUUUUUCUAGUGUAAGCCUAUUGCUGGCAAUGGGCCUAUUUAAGAACACCUGAUUUUUCCAAUGAGAAUGAGGUAAUUUUAGGAACACAGUUUGUAAGUUCACAUUUACUAUAAUGGGCCAAAACCAUAACCUGCCAAUUUGCAAUACAUCUUUAUCAUUUAAUACUCUUCUCUGAUAUUGUGUAUUUCAAUUGCUAAACUGGAAGUUACUUUGAAUUUUGCAAACUUUUUUUUAAACAUGAAAUUAGGAAAUCUCAUAUGGGUGGACAAGAGAAACCUUCAAAUUGUAUCCUGUACAUUCCUGAUACAACACUUUAAGAAACUAUUUUUUGAAGAUCUCAAAACAGUUUAUGUUGUAGAGACAUUUCAGUAGUGAUAAAAAAGGAUAACUGGUAAAAAUAUAUUACAUUCAAUGAGGUUUUCUUUACAAUGCUCUAUUGGGUCUAUUUCUUAAAGGUUGUAUAACUCAUAAGACAUCAACUGAAUGAGGAUUUUUUAAAAUGGUGUGUAAGUGUGGGAUAAGGGCUAUUUUUUUUUUUCAGAAGUGCUUUUAAAGUAACAGCCUUUAGAUUUCAGCUAUUUCACUUUUCAUAAUUUUAAGUAGCUCAUAUAUGUAACAAAGUGGUACCAUAGGAUUCUCUUUUUCAAAGGACUUUUGUCAUAAUAGCAAAAUCAGUGGGCACUGACUCACCUUUUGAGUUUUAGCAGAGAAUUAUUUAUUUCUUUACAAUGCACUUUCUAACCCAUUUUAGCUAUAUUAGCAUUAUCUUUUAAAAAAUGCUUUUAUAUUUAAAUAUUGUGGGAUUUAAGUGUCUUUUCCAAAAUAGCUUAUUCCUUCCUGAAAGAAAAUGAGGGAAAUACUAUGAAUUAUUAGGAGACUUAAACCCAAUAUUUAAAUGCUGUUUUAUAACACUGCAUCAGUUUUAGGAGGUGCAUCUCUCCUGCUGGCUCUUUUAUAUUUGAGCAAGAUCAGUGUAUUUAGAAUAUGUGUUUAGAAAUGUGUCUGUUGUGUCAAUUUAGUGAGAAGGAGGUGCUACAUGUGCCUGAAUUAAAACCAACCCAGACAUUUUUUCCAAGCCAAAUGCCGCCUUAGUGAUGAGAGAGAUUUAAUUCUCCAUUGUCACCUUUUAGUUUAUAUGAUUGUUUAAUAAGGUUUUUUUUGAAGAGCAUCUGCGCUGUAAAAGUAUGGACUAGAACCUAGAAGAAAAGUCAAAAACUCACAAAAACUUUGCUGUAUGUAUUUUAACAUUUUAGAAAACAAUAUGUUUCAAUAACUAAGGUAUGUAAUUUGAACAGGAAAAAUUUCCAUCAAGAGCACCUUGGAAAAUUACAACAGGUAGAAGACUGUGUUAAUAUGUUUGUAUCUUGUUAACAUCCUCAGUUAAUUUUGAAUUUUUGAAAGUUUUGAGGGAAAAGGCCUAUGGAAUCUAAUGUGAAGUAUUUAGUAGGCUAACUGGUAUUAAGUUGAAGAUUUUUACUGUUUAUAAGCAGAUAUCAUUGGAUAAAAUGUCAUUUACCUGCUGUCUUAAGAUGUUCACACGUACGCAAAUAUGGAGAAUCUUACCAUAUAGAAAUAUUUAUUUUAAUAGAGUUUCAGUUGUCAUAAACAGUGUUAAAACUCUUGGGAAGGUGGAGGGUUUGUUUGUUGUUUUUUAAAUUGAAACUGUCAUACAGUGUUUGACCAUCUGAAAUGGGAAUUGUAAUAGCACUAUUUUGAUGUAGCUCUACCAAUAUUAUGUGGCAAUGCUAUUUAGAUUUACUAACAAGCUCUGGAAUACUUAGCAGUCAUUUUCACUGGCACAAGAGCAUUUUGUAUGUCAUUCAAUUUAAACUUUUAAACCAAAAACUUUAUAGUCCAGUGUCUUUGGCAAAAAGAUGCUGAAGGGAAUGUAACAUACAAUUAAUAUGUGGUUAUAUAUAAAAAGACACAAAUUACCAUGUUAUGGUUCUGCCUUGAAACAGCACAAUGAAGUGUAUCAGUGUAUUCUGUGAUUCUUUAUGAAACUUCCAUGUUGUGUUCUGUGUCUGCCAUAGGGUGUCUUUUCUGCCAGAUGUGGCACAGUUAAAUGCAAUUAUCAUCUCUUGAAAUGCAGAUGCAGAUAAAAUGUCUUUAGUGCUGCAACAUUUUACCUAACUUUUUGUAUGUUUUCUGACUGUGCGUUGUUUUCCAAAGCUGUUCCUACCUCACCAUGAGGCUUUAUGGAUUUUAUGUAUUAUAAAUGUUCUUUAUGAGACAGACUACUGUGUUUCUUCUCAUUUAUUAAAAGUCAAGUAGAAAAAUAAACUAA